UGUCCGCUCUAUAAAUUCCCAGGUGGAUCGGACUCGGCUCUCAUCAGCCACGGCCAAAAGUGCCCAAAGUCAGUCACAUAUUCUGACACUAGCUCCCCUCUCCUCCAUCCAAUUUCCAGUCUCCCGCGCCGCCAGCUCAGGAUGGCCGCGCGCAGCCCCUACUUCGCCACCGAGGAGUCCUUCCGCGGCAUCCGCCAGGGGGAGUCCCCGGCGGCGGCGCUCCGCCGCAUCCUCGCCUCGCCCGGCGCGCACCAGGCGCCGUGCUGCUUCGACGCCCUCGCCGCGCGCCUCGUCGAGCAGGCCGGCUUCCCCAUCGCCUUCAUGAGCGGUUUCUGUGUCUCUGCCGCGCGACUUGGCCUGCCGGACGUUGGCCUCAUCUCCUACGGGGAAAUGGUAGACCAAGGGCGUCUCAUCAACGAAGCUGUGUCGAUCCCUGUGAUUGGUGAUGGAGACAAUGGUUACGGAAACUCUAUGAACAUCAAGAGAACCAUCAAAGGGUAUAUCAAUGCUGGUUUCGCUGCGAUCAUGCUCGAAGAUCAGGUGUCGCCUAAAGCCUGUGGACACACUGAAGGAAGGAAAGUAUACCCAAGGGAGGAAGCCAUCAUGCACAUAAAAGCAGCUGUUGAUGCUAGGAACGAGAGUGGCUCUGACUUGGUUAUCAUUGGAAGGACAGAUUCCCGUCAGGCCAUUUCUCUUGAUGAAGCAUUAGCUAGAGCAAAAGCUUUUGCUGAUGCCGGUGCCGACGUUCUCUUAAUUGACGCCCUUGCUUCGGUGGAAGAGAUGAAGCAAUUCUGCGCAGUUGCCCCGGGGGUUCCAAAGAUGGUAAACAUAAUAGAAGGUGGUAAAACUCCCAUAUUGAGCCCUCCUGAGCUUGCGAAAAUUGGUUACAGCCUCGUAAUCUAUUCUGUAUCCUUAUUGGGCGCCUCGAUCCGUGCAAUGGAGGAUGCUUUAGAUGCAAUCAAAGAUGGCGGUGUACCUCCGCCUACCAUCAUGCCAUCUUUUAAGAAGAUCAAGGAUACUCUAGGGUUCGACCGCUACUACAAAGAAGACAAACAAUACCAACUGGAAUGAAGGACGACACAACUCCUGAGCCACAAAUCGACAUGAAUCUACCAUAGUUUGGCCAUUGUGGAUUCUGAUGGAUAUGUGCUGCCAAGGUGCCCAUGGCUUAAGUACCAUAAGUGUGGGAGCUUUAAUAUCAAGAUAUUGGGUUGGAUUGUAUUCUUUUGUUUUGCCUGUUUUCCGUUUGCUGCUUAGUUCUGAAUAUUAUGUUUCCGAUUAGAAUGUAUCAAUAAAUAUGAAUAUUAUGGUGCCAAUUUGAAUAAAUCUGAAUAUUUUCGUUCACGGUUUA